UUGCAGGAGACAAAAACAACACACACAACCAGAUUGAUUUUAUUGAAGUUUAAGUCUAAUGUUGGGUCUAAAUGUCACUUGUGUAAUUAAUUUAAAAGGUAAUUUUAUUUAUUGUUGCUGUUAAACUAAAAUCUCCAGCAUGGGGAAGUGGGAAGAUCUCGGGUUUCCUUGACACACUGCAUUUCUGGUUUACUCAUCUGAUCAGCUCAGAAUCGGUAGAAUCACUGAGCUGAUCAGACAAACUGCUGAAGAUCCGUAACAACCUGGUGUUUGGCUUCUUUUGGGACACAUCUUUGGGAGAAAGAGGAACUAGAGACAUUCAGUGUUGUUGAGAAGUGAAAUGGCUCAGGGAGGAAAUAAGAUUGAUUCAGGUAAAUAUUCUUGUUCCAUCUGUUUGGAUCUACUGAAGGAUCCGGUGACUAUUCCCUGUGGACACAGCUACUGUAUGAACUGUAUUAAAACACACUGGGAUGAAGAAGAUCAGAGGGGAAAAUACAGCUGCCCUCAGUGCAGGAAAGAGUUCAUACCAAGACCUGAACUGGAGAAGAACUUCAUGUUAGCAGAGUUGGUGGAGGAUCUGAGGAAGACUGGACUCCAAGCUGCUCCAGCUGAUCACUGCUAUGCUGGACCUGAUGAUGUGGCCUGUGAUGUUUGUACUGGGAGGAAGAUGAAAGCUGUAAAAUCCUGUCUGGUCUGUUUAAUUUCUUACUGUGAGAAUCAUCUGAAGCCUCAUUAUCAAUUAACUGCUUUUAAAAAACACAAGCUGGUGAAUCCUUCCAAAAACCUCCAGGAGAAUAUCUGCUCUCGUCAUGAUGAGGUGAUGAAGAUCUUCUGUCGUACUGAUCAGCAGUGUAUCUGUUAUCUCUGCACUAUGGAUGAACAUAAAGGCCAUGAAACAGUUUCAGCUGCAGCAGAAAGAGCUGAGAAGCAGAAGGAGCUCCAGGAGAGUCAACAACAAAUCCAUCAGAGAAUCCAGGACCAAGAGAAAGAUGUGAAGCUGCUUCAACAGGAGGUGGAGGCCAUCAAUGUCUCUGCUGAUAAAGCAGUGGAGGACAGUGAGAAGAUCUUCACUGAGCUGAUCCGUCUCCUCCAGGAAAGAAGCUCUGAUGUGAAGCAGCAGAUCAGAUCCCAGCAGGAAACUGAAGUGAGUCGAGUCAAAGAUGUUCAGGAGAAGCUGGAGCAGGAGAUCACUGAGCUGAAGAGGAAAGACGCUGAGCUGGAGCAGCUCUCACACACAGAGGAUCACAACCAGUUUCUCCUCAACUACCCCUCACUGCCAGCACUAGUGAGUCUACACACUCAUCCAGCAUCAAUAUCCGUCCUCUGAGACACUUUGAGGACGUGGCAGCAGCUGUGUCAGAGCUCAGAGACAAACUAGUGGACAUCCUGAAAGACACAUGGAGAAACAUCGAACUGAAGCUCACUGAGGUGGA